AUGAAUCGCAGACCUGGAAAUCGUGGCAGACCAACACCAGCCAAGGCUUUUAUCAGUGCCGACACCGGGGAAGCCUAUAAUACCCCAAUUAAAGCUGCUCCUGUAGCACAGCAAGCGACACCAGCAGCAACACCAGUCCCAGCUCCAGUCCAAACCCUCAAAAAAGAACAAGCUACACCACAACAACAACAACCGCAACAGGAACCGGAGCAGGAAUUCGAUAAUACUGAGAAUGUUGAGGGUAAUCCCUUUAAGGAUAAUGAUGCCGAAUUGGAUGUCUCGGGAUUGGUUGAUGAAAAUGGCAAAGUUAAAUUCAAGAAAAUCUUUGCUGUACGCAAGAAGUCUUCAGUUCGCACCCGUGAGAAGCGUAUACGCCAAAAUCGCCGUUUACGCAAAACUCUUGUACCCAAAAAUGCCCUUAUGGCCCUAAAUGAACUGAAAGGCGUUUCGGUUGGAGAUUUUGUCAUUAACUCCAAUCCAAAUGGUGGCUUUAUUGCCUUAGUCACAUGCAAUAACAAUCAAUAUGAGGGACGUGGCAUAUCCAAAACUGCCGCCAAGAACAGUGCCUGUGAAAAGGCUUUGCGAGAUUAUAUUAUUGCCAAGAUGCGUCAACGGCCACGUAAAAUCUCCAAUGGCAGCAAUAAUCCCAAUGCCAUGGAUACCAGCGAUGCUGAUGGCAAUGACCCAGCUGCCGCCGACGAGACCGAAGAUGUACCCAUGGUAAAUUUGGCCUCAUUUGCCAUUUACAAACUAUUCUCGGAAUGGGAAAGUGAAGGAUUUGUUAUACCUGAAAUGCAUCCUGCAUCGGCUGGUGGUGGCGGUAAUAUCAGUGACAAUGAAAGUAUGUCGGGCGGUGCCGUCAAGGAACCCAAAAAGCCACCAAUUCGCACAGAAUUGCCACCCAACUGGGAGGCAAUGCAUCCAGCCUCACUUUUGUGUUUCAUGCGUCCCGGUGUUACCUAUCAAGAUAAAGGCACAAGUGGCGAAAAGCCAAAUAUUAUGACCACAUUGGCCAUAACCGUAGACAAUCAAGAGUUUGAGGCUAGCGGACGUUCAAAGAAAAUUGCCCGUCGCAAUGUGGCAGCCAUUGCCUGCAAUACUCUAUUCAACACAAAUUAUGAUGAGGAAAUGAAAACUGAAUAA